UGCCCACACCUCGUAUUGAAAUAAGGAACGACAUCUGCUUUACUGCAACGGGAACGGGCGAAGAUGGAUCGCCCAUGGCACGAGAUAUUCGAGCCUUUUAACUAGCCCACCUGCCAUCUGCUUUCUAAAUUAUAUUUCCAUUUUGUUAAAUUAAUUUUCAAAACAAAAAAAUGUGGUGCUGCGGGAGCUCAAGAAAAAAAGCGUCUUCGACAUCAUCGCGACCUCCACAAGAUGACCUCCCCGACGAAAUGCCCGAAAACCCAACCCCAGAGCAAUACAAAGCAUGGGAGGAACAGCACAUCACAGGGCUAAAGCAAUGCUCCGACCAACUCGGCCCAGAGAGCGAGGAGAGUCUCACCAUAAUGGCCAGUCUGGGGUGCAUCUACGCAGACCAAGGGAAAUGGAACGAGGCAGCUGAAAUCCGGCAGACGGUCGUUGAGAAACGGAAACGGGUCUUGGGGAAAGAUCAUCCUGAUACACUUACGUGUAUGGGUCAGCUUGCGUCUACGUACGUGAGUCUAGGACGAUGGGCGGAGGCGGAGAGUCUGCAGAAGGAGAUCAUUGCGAUCAGUGAAAGCGCGCUUGGGAAGGAUCAUCCGAAUACAUUCACUGCCAUGGGAGAUCUGGCGACGACGCAUUUGGAGCAAGGGCGAUUGGACGAGGCGGAGAAGUUGCAGGUUGAAGUUGUCGAGAUAUGCAAGCGGGUUCUGGGGCCAGAUGAUCUGAAUACAAUCACGGUUAUGAGCAAUCUAGCCUCGACGUAUCGAGGACAGGGGCGACUAGGGGAGGGGGCGAAGAUAGAGGAAUCUGUGACCGAGGCGUUCCAGCGUACCCUUGAACCAGAGCAUCCAGUGGCCUUGAUGAAUGUAUCGAACCUGGCGACUACGCGGCUGCAGGAGGGAAGAUAUGAAGACGCGGAAGCGCUGGGAAGGAAUGUCAUGGAAACACGGAAAAGGACACUGGGGCCCGAUCAUCCUUCUACAAUUACCUCUGUUGCGAACCUUGCGGCCAUAUACUCGGCGCAGGAACGCUACAAAGACGCAGAGCAGUUGGAGGUAGAGGUAUUGGAAAGCCAGAAGAAAGGACUGGGGCUAGAGCAUCCUUCGACUCUCCUGAGUAUGAACAACCUUGCUCACACAUGGAAAGCAUUGGGUAAGGAUGAACAGGCAUUGUCGUUGAUGUCUGAAUGCGUCGAACUCAGGAAAACCCAAUUAGGGCCAGAGCACCCGGAUACACUCGCUUCCAUCGAUGCUGUUACAUUAUGGAGCAAAUAUAUGCCAUGAGUUUGCCAUAUACAAUGACUUAUAUAGAUGGCCCAAAUAAGAGCUACUUACACAUAACUC